AUGGCCGACAUGCCAACUGCCCUAGGAAACCACGCAGACCUUGGGAGCCCAGACAGGCUGGAAUGCAUUACGGACAGAUUUGACAAAAUGUGCCAAGAUUUUUGGACUCGCAUUGAAAGCCGCUCACGCAUCUCCACCUCACCCACACAAACCCAGCGACAACCACUGAGGGCUCCUACCUCCACUCUGCUCAAACUUGCAAAACCCACAGUUCACUGCUUUACCUCAGCACCAAACUCUAGGAGGCAGAAGAGGAGGAAGCGGAGAGCUCGACGACCGCAGAAACGCCACCCCGGCGGCAGCCUUCACUUACCUAAGCCUCAGUCCAACCAGAGACAAGUCCCAAGGCACAGCCUGCAUCCCGGAGGAACAAGGACUCGACAUGCACGGCAGAUCACUGGCGGCGGAUGUGGAAACUACGCCCGGGCAGCGGACCAAAGUGCACUGGACUAUGCCUGGACCCUGGGCCAGCGGGGCAUCGCUAUAUGGGACUCGAUCCACGAAGGCUCAGUUCACAGAGACUGCAUGAAGUGGCCCUGUAGAGGCAUCGGCUAA